UUUUUAUUCUUUUGCAUCGAGAUUUUGUAGGGGGUGGGGCUUGGGUUUGUCUCCCUCCCCCCCCUCCAAGAAGGGGCUGAACCCCACCUCUGGGCGCUGCAGGGAGAGGCUUCCCAGGAAAUUGAGCAACCGAGAAAGGGGUGGCCGCUUCCUGGAGGGGGAGCCUGGGCAGGGGAGACGGGAAGAAGAUCGCAAAGGGGCCACAGGAGCCAGCUCUACCUCGCCCCUUUAAGAUGGGAGGAGAGGCUCAACGGAGGGGCUGCGGGAGAAAGGAUGGGGGUGUCUGGGCUUCAGGAUGCUCUCAACAGCUCCUGGAAAUGGCCUCUGUGGGUGGAUGCCCCCUCCCCCUCCAACCAUCCCGCCCUCAUCCUGGCUCCCCCUUUUGCCCCGGCGCAGUCUCUUGCCGGUGCUGGUUUCGCGGUUGAUGGGCGGUUUCCCGGCGGCAUUGGCAGAGGGGCGGUGGCGCUGAGGGACGCUCUGGUCUCUGGAGGGCCUGGAAUUUCCGCAGAGGCCAGCGAGGGCGAGGCGGCGGCUAGAGAGAACAGAAAGAACAACUCACAGAGAAAUGCUCAUUAGCUCCCUUCGGAGACAUUUCUGAAAUUACAGGGGUGUAGGUGGAGGCACCCGAAUCAAGGGGACUCCCAGGAAGCCGGCCUGAGAAUGCCCAGGUCUCUCGCCACUCCCGCAGGAGGGAGCCUCGCUCUGCAGGGAGACAAUUUUGUGGUUUUCAUGCGCAAAUCUCCGCAGACCGGCUGUUGGGGGAAAAAAGUGUUAGCGGUCUCUCCCGGAUCUGCAAGGGGGAAAAAUUUGGAACCAUAAAGUUGAAAACUUUUUUCUCUCAGUUUGGAAGACACCGUUUGCCAUGAAUGGGACCCUCCACGUCCAGGAGAGGAGGCGAGAGGCGCAAAGGAGGGGAGAUUUCUCGCCUGCCGCUCGCGCUGGGGCUCGAUGUGAAUAUAUAUUAUGUCUGCCUGUUCUCCCCUCGUCGGUGGCUAAGGUCAGCCGCUUGGAACAGACCCCGGGAGGAGGGGGGCAGGUCAGGGAGGGGGGGUCCGGCGUGCCACGUGACCCCCAGGGGUGCCAAUGUCCGUUCGUGAGGGUAUCAGGCCCUUGCACUUUGCCACCCACUGCCCGGGCCUCGCCCAGCGAUGCAGAAAGCCACCUACUACGACAACGCCGCGGCUGCGCUCUUCGGAGGCUACUCUUCGUAUCCUGGCAGCAAUGGUUUCGGCUACGAUGGUCCCCCCCAGCCCCCCUUCCAGGCCGCCACGCACCUGGAGGGCGACUACCAGCGCUCAGCAUGCUCGCUGCAGUCCCUGGGCAACGCCACCUCGCAUGCCAAGAGCAAGGAGCUCAACGGCAGCUGCAUGAGGCCCGGCCUGGCCCCCGAGCCCCUGCCUGCCCCGCCCGGCUCACCCCCACCCAGCGCCGCACCUACCAGUGCCACUAGCAACAGCAGUAGCGGGGGCGGGCCCAGCAAAAGCGCCCCCCCCAAGUGCGGCCCCGGCUCCAACUCCACCCUCACCAAACAGAUAUUCCCCUGGAUGAAAGAGUCGAGGCAAACGUCCAAGCUGAAAAACAGCACCCCCGGCACAGGUACCAGCUCUCUGCCUUCCUCCUCGUCAGCUUUUGUCCGGGCCAGGAAUGUCACUGUUAUUCUAGCACCCAGCCCUAGGCGCCCGGUCGGCGGCCUGGAACAAUGUCAGGUAGCCAGGGCAGUGGCGCAUUUCCCCGUACCUCGCCUCACCUGGGUGGGCUCGGCUUUGGGCGGUUGGGUCUUCCCGAACCUGGAGUCGGGGAGAAGGGAGAAAAGCCAGUCGGAGGGCUGCGGCGGCGGCGGCGGCGGCGGCGGGGGAGGGGACAAGAGCCCCCCGGGGUCGGCGGCGUCCAAGCGGGCGCGGACGGCGUACACGAGCGCGCAGCUGGUGGAGCUGGAGAAGGAGUUCCACUUCAACCGCUACCUGUGCCGGCCGCGCCGCGUGGAGAUGGCCAACCUGCUGAACCUCAGCGAGCGGCAGAUCAAGAUCUGGUUCCAGAACCGGCGCAUGAAGUACAAGAAGGACCAGAAGGCCAAGGGGCUGGCCUCGUCGUCCGGGGGCCCCUCCCCCGCCGGCAGCCCCCCGCAGCCCAUGCAGUCCACCGCCGGCUUCAUGAACGCCUUACACUCCAUGACCCCCAGCUACGAGAGCCCGUCCCCGCCCGCCUUCGGCAAAGCCCACCAGAAUGCCUACGCGCUCCCCUCCAGCUAUCAGCCCCCUCUCAAAGGCUGCGGCGCCCCGCAGAAGUACCCCCCGACCCCGGCGCCGGAUUACGAGCCUCACGUCCUCCAAGCCAACGGGGGCGCCUAUGGGACGCCCACCAUGCAGGGCAGCCCGGUGUACGUGGGCGGGGGCGCCUACGCGGAUCCGCUGCCGCCCCCUGCCGGCCCCUCCCUCUACGGCCUCAACCACCUUUCCCACCACCCCUCGGGGAACCUGGACUACAACGGGGCGCCCCCUAUGGCCCCCAGCCACGGACCCUGCGACCCCCACCCCACCUACACAGACCUCUCCUCUCACCAUGCGCCUCCUCCUCAGGGUAGAAUCCAAGAAGCGCCCAAAUUAACACACCUGUGAUGGGAGAGGGAGGGCGGAGGGGCCAGGUCGUGGGGUGCGGACCGCCCUGUGGGGCUGGAGCUCCGGGGCUGGGGGGGGGGCAGGCUGGCGGUCUGGAAGGAGGAGGCUGAGGUGGUGGCCCGGCUUCCUGGGAAGAGCCGGCGCAGAACGCCCUCCCCUCCCCCUGGCCUCAAGGUUGCUUUCUCAAGUGCCCCAGCCCUUGUUCCCUCCGCUUGCCAACCCGUCGCUAAGGAAUCCACAGCAGAUUGGAGGUGACCCCAUCCACCGCAAGCUCCCGCGAUACGCACUGCAAUUCCACACUCGGGAGUGAGGUAGAGGAGGAAGAUAUAGGAAAACCAGGCAGAGAAGCACAUUUUAAAAAACGGAUAAGAUGGCCAGGCCAUCACUCACCAACCGACUUACCUUCCAUCCCUGUGGGUAAUUCCCCCAAGACGUGAUUUCCCCCCCCUCUCAAUUCUCCUUUAAAAGAAAAAAAAAAACAUUUUAAAACCGAGGGCACAAAGCAGGCUCCCCUCCCACUUCCUGGAGCCUCAAAUUUGCUCCCAUCCAUUUGAGGUCUAUUGGGCACUCCGUUUCUAACCCCGCAGUUUUCUGCUCUAGGACGUUAAGUCUACCCCACCCCCACCCGUUACAGAUUUCAGAGGGCUCAGGGAUGGUGAGAGAUCCUGAAAGUCAGAGCUGUCUAUAUUAUAAAUAUAUAUAUUUUUCUUUUAUGGAAAAGCUGGGAGGUGAGGGCAGGCACGCUGGUCAUCAGGACUGAAGGUGUUUGCCCACUUGCUACCAACCGCCGGCUCAGCUCCAGGUCCAUCCCCUCUCUCCACAGAAAGCAAUCAGUGACACGAGGUUCUAUACUUUUCUUUUCUUCUGUUGCUCUCUUGACUUCACGUGAAAACAGGGUAUAUUUUAACAAACUGUCUGUCCUAGGCAGGGGCUGCAGCCGGCCGAGGGCCUGGAACAGCCCUCUGACAGGACGCUUUUGUUGCACUUAGAGUUUACAUUUUAAUGGAUAUAAAAACAACUGUGAGAGGUGCCUGGGCCUGCAGGAGCCCCGCAUCGCUCAAGAAGCGUGUGUUCUAGUGAACAUUUUCAUAUAUAUUUAUUGGUUAUAGCCUGUUAAAAUAUUUUCUUUUUGUAUUAUUUAUCCCCCUACAUUAUGUAUUUAUAUGAGGGAAAAAGAAAAAAAUGUACUUUUUUUUUUUAGUAUUUACUUGUCAUUAAGGGACGUUGUGUUUCCUGUCAUGUAAAACCAGCUAUUUUAGUUAUUAUUGUACUCUAGAAAAGAGCUGUAGAUUUAUGUUAAACUCGUACUUAUGAGCAAUUGUAAUUAGUUCUAAAAGGCAUGAACUCAGCUCCUAAUUGUCACUGUAUAGUCCUGAAUUUGUAGAAUUAGAGUUAAUUCCCUCUUGGAACUUUCUUUGUUCUUCAGUAGUUACUUUUUUCCUUACUUAAAAGGGUUGUCUGUCAAACAAUUCUUGAAUAAACUUUCUGUUAUCAAUUU